AUGAAGCUCACCACAACCACCACGCUGGCGGCCACCGCUGCGACGGCCGCCGCCUACCAGCUGGACACCACUCUGCCCCCUCCCAGCAACCUCAGCACCCUUCCCAACAACACCCUCUUCAACGUCUGGCGGCCGCGCGCCCACAUCCUCCCGGCCAAGGGCCAGAUCGGUGACCCCUGCGCCCACUACACCGACCCGGCCACAGGGCUGUUCCACGUCGGCUUCCUGCACGACAACGAGGGCAUCGCGGGUGCUACGACGGCCAACAUGGCCACCUUCACCGACACCUCGUCGAACGGGAGCUUCCUGAUCCAGCCGGGCGGCAAGAACGACCCCGUGGCGGUGUUCGACGGCUCGGUCAUCCCCUCCGGCGUGAACAACACUCCGACCCUGCUGUACACCUCUGUCUCCUUCUUGCCCAUUCACUGGUCCAUCCCCUAUACCCGCGGCAGCGAGACGCAGUCGCUGGCCGUGGCCCGCGACGGCGGCCGCCGCUUCGAGAAGAUCGCGCAGGGCCCUGUCAUCCCCGAUCACCCGUUCGCGCUGGACGUCACCGCGUUCCGCGACCCGUUUGUCUUCCGCAGCGCGCGCCUCGAUGCGCUGCUUGCCGCGGAGGGCAACGAAACGGCGGCGCAGCUCGCACAGGCCGCCUGGACCGAGAAGGGCACACCCUGGUACGCGGCCAUCUCCGGCGGCGUGCACGAGAGCGGGCCCUCGCAGUUCCUGUACCGCCAGAACGAAGGCAACGCCUCCGACUUCCAGUACUGGGAGUAUCUCGGCGAGUGGUGGCACGAACCCACCAACUCCACCUGGGGCCCGAACGAUGAGGGCACGUGGGCUGGCCGCUGGGGCUUCAACUUCGAGACUGGCAAUGUGCUGUUCCUCACUGAGGAGGGCCACGACCCUAAGACCGGCGAGGUCUUCGUCACGCUCGGCACCGAGGGCUCCAACGCCCCGGUCAAGCCGCAAGUUUCCAGUAUCCAUGAUAUGCUGUGGGCGGCCGGUGAGGUUGGCGUCGAUGGCACCGACGGCAAGCUGCAUUUCACGCCCACCAUGGCCGGGUACCUCGACUGGGGCUUCUCCGCGUACGCGGCGGCGGGCAAGGUGCUACCGGCAACGUCGGCGGUGUCGAAGAACAGCGGCGUGGACUUCGAUCGGUUCGUCGCGUUCAUCUGGCUGACGGGCGACCAGUACGAGCAGGCCGACGGCUUCCCCAAGUACGCGCAGGGAUGGACGGGAUCGCUGCUGCUGCCGCGCGAGCUGAAGGUGCAGACCAUCGAGAACGUCGUGGACAACGACCUGGUGCGCGAGGAGGGCGUCUCGUGGGUGGUGGGCGAGUCGGACAACACGACGGCCACCCUGCGCACGCUGGGCAUCACCAUCGCGCGCGAGACCAAGGCCGCGCUGCUGGGCAACAGCUCCGCCGUCGAGGAGGAGGACCGCACGCUGCGCACCGCCGCCGUCGUGCCGUUCCAGCAGUCGCCCGCCUCCAAAUUCUUUGUGCUGACCGCGCAGCUGGAGUUCCCUGCUUCGGCCCGCACGUCCAACAUUCAGUCUGGCUUCGAGAUCCUCGCGUCCGAGCUGGAGAGUACUACCGUCUACUACCAGUUCAGUAACGAGUCGCUGGUCGUCGACCGCAGCAACACCAGUGCCGCCGCCCCGACUAACCCGGGUCUCGACAGCUUCACCGAGUCUGGAAAACUGCGUCUCUUCGACGUGGUGGAGGAUGGCAGGGAGAAGGUCGAGACGCUCGACCUCACCAUCGUGGUGGAUAACUCGAUCGUGGAGGUGUAUGCCAACGGUCGCUUCGCACUGAGCACAUGGGCUAGAUCGUGGUACGACAACUCGACGCAGAUCCGGUUCUUCCACAACGGCGAGGGCGAGGUGCAGUUCAAGAAUGUGGCCGUGACGGAGGGACUCUAUAACGCCUGGCCGGAGAGAGAAUGA